UGUAUUCAUUGAAUUCAGGUCAAAGUCCCUUAGUAACUAUACUAAUUCAUUAAUUAAUGGUUUCCUAUUCAUAUCAAGUAAAAAUCAUUUGAUACCACCCCUUCCCCCCCUUUCCCCCCUCCCGCCGCCGUAUAUUCAAUUGAAUCUCUCUCUAUAUAUAAAGUUCAAACAAACAAUUAAAUGAUGUUCAAUUAAACUUGGUAGAUUCUCAUUAUUAUACAAUGACAAUUAUAUACAAAUCGUUUUUAUUAUCAUUAUUAAUUCUAUCAUUAAUGAUUACCCAAGAAAUUACAUGUUUUCUAGGCUUAAAAUGUGUAGAAAAAGGUGAAAAAUGUACAAAAACGUUAUUCAAACGCUGUUGUGAAAAUCUUGUAUGUCAACUUCAAGGACCAUUUAAUGGAAUAUGUGUAGAUUGUUUAAGUUUGGAGUCAGCUUGUAUUGCAGAUCAUGAAUGUUGUAGUAAACGGUGUUAUUUGUUUGCCUGUAAACCACCACUUUAAUACAUUUAUAUUCAUUAUUUACGGUUUAAUUUGUUUGAAAUGAUGAAAUGUAUCAUGUUUCUUUUGAAAUAAAAGAAGUAUUCAUUGCUGUUCA